UUGAGUUGGUGGCUAAGCAAAUAACUUUUAACGUGUCGAAAGAAAUCUCUAUAAAAACACAAAAAGCACUUAUGGAGGGAAGCUUAAUCCAAAAGCGCUUUUCACCGUCGGUUCUCCGCAUUCUCAUCUUGCUGAUUUUGAUCUUCCAAAUGGCUGAUUCCACCGAUUCUGCCUCUGCCAAACCCGAGGUUCACAUCGUCUACAUGCAGCGCCCCGAGGGCGUCGAUCCUGAAGCUUAUGAUAUUCAAGUCCUCUCCUCCGUUCUCGGCAGUGAACAUGCAGCAAAGGAGGCGUUGUUGUAUAGUUACAAUAACGCUGCCAGUGGAUUCUCAGCCAGUCUGACGCCGAAGCAGGUUGAGGAUAUCAAAAACAAAGAAGGUGUUCUUUCUGUUGCUCCAAGCCGGUCAUAUCAGCUGCAUGAAGGAGCUGGAAACAUGCGUUUAGCCUAGUGAAAACUUCAUGUGCCUACUAAGACCGGUAUCUAUAUGAGAGAUAUGUUCCUUGCGUAUGAACUAGCUUGACAUGUGUGCUUUACAUAAAUAAUGUUUCAAACUGAACAAUAAAUAAAUAUAUAGAUAUUAAUAAUACAAAUAUAUUUAUUUCA